UAUGAUGCUGGCGCCAUUAACGUAGGUAUUUGUCUCGAUCGAUUUAACGACUGUUCAGAAUUAGUUGCAUGCGAACCUAUGGAUAACUCUUGUUACAAUCCAGAACACAGAUGUGUUCAUCAUCCCCGAUGUCAAAAUAAACCUGUUUGCUAUCCAGUACCAAGUUUCAAUCAGUAUUUAUGUCCACCCAAAGCAACAAAUGCUACUACCACGACAACGCUAUCAACUACAACGACGGUCACAGCAACUACUACUAUUACUACUCAACAACCGUUAUGGACACCAUUACGUGGCAGUCCUAUUGACAUUCCAGAGGAUGCUCAUUGGGAACAACGUGGUGUUACUGUAGCUGGAGGAAAUGGGGAAGGUAAUGGAACUAAUCAGUUCUAUAAUCCUGACGGCUUAUUUGUGGAUGAUGAAGAAACCCUUUACAUUGCUGAUCAACGUAAUCAUCGUAUUAUACAAUGGAGAGCGAAUGCAACAACUGGUCAAGUCGUUGCUGGAGGAAAUGGAAAAGGAAACGAAACUCAUCAGUUACAGUGGCCAACAGAUGUGAUUGUUGACAAAGAGACAGAUAGUCUCAUCAUCUGCGACAAUGGUAAUAAUAGAGUGGUUCGAUGGCCUCGUCAAAAUAGUACAAGUGGUAUAACGAUUAUAUCGAACGUUGAUUGUUGGGGUUUGACCAUGGACGAAGGUGGCUCUCUCUAUGUUAGUCUCUCCAGUAAAGGUGAGGUGAGACGAUAUAGAAGAGGAGAAUCUGAAGGAACGGUGGUUGCGGGUGGCAAUGGAAGGGGAAAUAAUCUCAAUCAACUCGAUGUGCCAUCCUUCGUAUUUGUCGAUCGAGAUCAUACAGUGUACGUAUCUGAUCUUUUCAAUCAUCGUGUAAUGAAAUGGAAAAAAAAUGCUAAAAUAGGUAUUGUUGUCGCUGGUGGUCACGGAUUAGGAAGUAGUCUCAAACAACUUCAAAAUGCACGAGGAGUCGUUGUCGAUCAAUUAGGUACUCUUUAUGUGUCUGACGAUGGCAAUGAUCGAAUCAUGCGUUGGCCUGAAGGAGCUACACAGGGCAGUGUUGCUAUUGAUGGUAAAGCAGGACAAUGGACAGGAGUCAAUGGUUUAUCUUUCGAUCACUAUGGUAAUCUGUAUGUCGUCAAUUUUGAUAAUUAUCGUGUUCGACGCUUUGAUUUAAUGAAAUAA